AUGCGCCUCACUAACCUCUGCUUGUGCAUGCUCACGGUACUCGAGGCUGCAGCAGUCACCCGCAACGCCACCGAUCACGGUCGACUCCCAUCUCAGUUCGCCGCCUACAUGACGGUUGGCAACAAGAGCACUCUCGGUGCCGACUUCAUGUCUACUUCGUCAAGCAUGGAGCCCGCUGUUCUUGAUGGUGAGAGGGGCUUGGUCACCGUACCACUGGCUAACGUAUUCAACAUGUAUUAUUAUGGUGCUGUACUCGUAAAUGGGCAGCUUAUCCGAGUCAUGUUCGACACAGGAAGCGGUGUGGUGUGGAUCCCUGGAAUGGGUUCCAAAGGUGUUGAUUGCGAAACACAACAUUUAUGUUUCAUUAGCCCCGGAUGCGAAGCUACAGGAGAUGCUACUCGCCAAGUCUCUUAUUCCUACGGCAGUGGUAGAGUUCUGCUCAACAUGACUCAUGCCUCCUUAUCCAUUUCUGGUCACAGUGAGAUGCUCGUUCACAACUUCAGUCUUGGGAUUGAGGUUGAGUUAUCGGUCCACGGGUAUGAUGUGGCACAGUAUGAUGGGAUCUUCGGUAUGGCUUGGCCUGCUUUAGCAAGUGGCGGUGAUCUCUUUGUACCAAAACUCUAUGAGCAGGGACUUAUACCGAGCAACCUCUUCGGUAUGUAUAUAUCUCGGUCUCGAUCUGAGAUGUCAUUGGGUGUGAUCGAUAAGGCGAAGUUUAAUGGAGAACUCCAGUACUGGAAGAUACUUCUCGAGGCAUGGUGGACUUUAGAUCUCGAGUCUGUAACAGUGGGAGAAGGACGAUCCCAUAGUACGGGAAGCAGUCGGGAAGCCAUCGGCGAUAGACGACUUGCUAUAGUUGAUACUGGUACAUCACUCAUCACUGGCAAUGUCGACGAUGUGAUAGCCUUGAUGCUCCUCGUCAUGGAGGAGAGUGGUGCGGUUAUUGAAUAUUCUCCUGAACUCAACUUCUUCAUUUUCGACUGUGAGCACAUUCUGAAUCUUCCAACGAUCACAUUUAUCCUCCGUGGAGCCAAUGGUGAGACGAUCGCUCUCCCCGUCUAUGGUUAUGAAUACGCUAUGAUGUUUGUAGAUGGAUGUAUCCUCACCAUCCAACCUCAUCUUAGAAGUGGAUUUGGUCCUCAGUGGAUCCUUGGUGAUCCAUUUCUACGUGCAUAUUACACUGUUUACGAUUAUGAUAAUUCAAGAGUUGGCUUCGCGUCCGUUAAGGGCAGAAUAAUGCCCAGGUCCUUAUCGAGUGCAGCAGCCCUAAGUAGUAGUUAUAGUUUGUUUGUUGCUGUAGUAUUGACCGCUAUACUGAACAUCUCUCUGUAA